CAGUAUAGGUGUAAAUGAUCAAGUAUUGGGUUACAUAAGUUAAAUAAACUGACUUGACUUGUUUAGAAAACACUGACAAACAUGGAGUCUACAACUUCCUGACAAAUGCCACCAGAUGAAGACCAUGUGAUACUGUGGAAAGUUCCAGAACAGUUGAAUUGACUUUGUGGUGGGACUGUUUUUACUAAAGUUCCCUGAUUCGACCGGCGGAUGUCGACAAACAGCAGCAGUGGCUGAAACCCCGUCAUUAAGCAUUAAAUGCCAAAAGCAGCAGCGUCAUUUGUGCAGAGACCGACAGAGUGAAGUUCUUCUGCUGCAUCAUCAGUGAAUGUGGCUUCAAACCCUCUUCGUGUUUGUGGAGUCCCGCUGAUGGGGACUUGUUGACGAGAUGCUGAAGCAGCGGUUGGAGGUGAAGCUGUCUGGUGGAUGCUGAGCAGCAGCUGUCUCAUCAUCUCGUCCAUCCUCCCACUGCAAAUGAGUCAACAUGGCCGCGGAGCAGCUCGUCCUGCAUCACCACUGAGUCACGGAAUAAAGCAGUGCACAGCUCCCAGACUAAAUGGCGUUCAUGUCCCGGUUCUCCCGGUCCCGGAGCAGCUCCAGGUCUCCGAGCCGCAAAGACUCCGAGCGCGUCUCCACAAACCUGAGCGUCUCCGAGCUGGAGAGGCUCCUUUACACCGGGAAAACAGCCUGUAACCACGCAGACGAGGUGUGGCCCCGGCUCUACAUCGGAGAUCAAGACAUCGCAUCAGAUCGCCGUGAACUGGCCAAACUUGGCAUCACACACAUCCUCAACUGUGCGCAGAGUAAGUGGCGCGGCGGAGCCGAGUAUUACGCCGGGAUGAACAUCACCUAUCAUGGCAUCGAGGCUCACGACUCCCCUUCCUUUGACAUGAGUGUCAACUUCUACCCCGCUGCUGAGUUCAUCCACAAAGCCCUGACAGGUGGAGGGAAGGUGCUGGUUCACUGCACCGUGGGCGUGAGCCGCUCCGCCACACUGGUGCUCGCCUACCUGAUGAUCAGACAAAACCUGACACUGGUGGAGGCCAUCAAAACAGUGAAAGACCACCGAGGCGUCAUCCCCAACCGAGGCUUCCUCCGCCAGCUCAACGGUCUGGACGGCAUCUUGAGAGAGAGCCGUAUGUCGCCACAGAGUUGAAAACACAGGUUACACCGAGGCAGUAAUGGGACCGAGUCAGGGGCAACCUGCGGGUCUCUGGUACUGUGGCUCUGAAAGGCAGAUAGGAGGAUUUGACUGAUAUCAGUAUCUUCCAACUCAGUUCAUUCAUUUUCAUUCUAUCUGUUUAGUCCUGUAGCGUCUGAAACACAAGCGCCAGAUGGUAAAGCUCUCCACUAAAACCCAUACUCUUCAAAAUACGGAGGGUGGCCAACACACACAGAAUAUUCAGUGUCAGAAAUCACCUUUAGCCCGAUGAAGAAUUAAUUUCAGUCCAGUCUAGUCAGUAUUAUUGACCACAAAUUUGCCUUAAAGGAUGUAACCUAUCUCUGUCCAUAAAGUACGGACACACCAGCAUUUAAAGCAGCAGCAUUUCAGGGCAAAAUGAAUUCUUUUUAACAGUAACUGGGCACCUUGGCCCAAGCCGUGUCGACACAGCUCUCCACCGGAGGCUGUCGUAGCUCAUUCGUUGUGUCUGUCACCAUCCUGCUCCGUAAGAGUUUAAACUGCUCCACAAAAGAGACAUUUUUGCAUUGUGGGCAGUUAUAAGACAGGAAUCAGCAGGCCUCUCGAAUAAACCACGUGAACUUAUUAGUGAACAGGCUAAUGAGCUGGUACCGACAGUUCGCUACGUGAUGAAAUGCUGUAAACUAAGAACGUAAUGCCAGUGGGGGGUCAAUGGCAAAGUAAAUACAAAUAGAAAGAACCUAGGAGAACUACUGUGACUGACUAACAUGUUCGCCCGACUCCUUUACAUUAGUGUUAUUAAGUGCCCUGAACAGCUCACACUGUAGUUUCAGCCCAGGUCUAAACCAGCAAAGCUAUGUAGCCUGAUAGUAUUAUGUCACAACCUGUACUCGGUUAUUAUUCAUGGCCAUUUUGUGAAUAGCAACCUACAGUAUACUGAAUUAUAUGAUUUUUAUUUUCAGCUGGGUGUUCAGUAAGUUCAAUGUAUUAUUCCAGUCUAGUGUUUUUCAAAUGACUACAGUCCUUCUUGACAUUUUUAUCUGAUAUCUGUGUGAUGAUCUGAAAUUCAUCCAGUAGACUAUGCCCACUCGAACAGGAUGAGCAUUACAGAGGGAGGUGGGGAACAAAGUCAUCAUUGUGCUCUUCUGUAAUUUAACUCAUCAUCCUGGGUGGCACUUCAGCCGUGUUGAAAUUAUAGGAGAUGUUCUGUAGCAGAUGAGGAUUUCCAGCUGGAUGUAGACACAAGUCUCCCCGGGGGGCACCGCAGUCCUGUAGGGAGGUAACGAUACUGUGUGAGGACGUCAAAUACUCCUCAGAGUCAUAGCUUACAACUUAACAUGCAGAAAUGAAACAUGUAUUUAUAAAUUCACUGUGACGUCAGGGUAUGUUAUUACCGCCGUCAAGAAUAAAUGUCCAUAAAUCUGCAUAGACGUCAAAGAGAAAAGACGGAACAUGCCUGAGAAUUGUCAUGUCUGCAUCCAUGGGUAAACUGUAAACAGAAGCUGCUAAUAGCUAAUUCAGCAUACUUUUAACAGUGCCAGUAUGCAAACACAUGCAGGUUAAAAACGAGCUCCAAACAGAAUAGUUCCUACCUGUAGCUGACAUUACUACAACACAUUUAAUUAGAUUUUCUGGGGUUUUGUUCGCCUGAUGGUUUAAAUUUUUUUUUUGUCUUGCUUUUCUCAGUAAGCCAGUCUGCUUUUAUUUACCAAAUUAUCAAAAACAUGUCCAUAGGCUGCUCCAUUUUACUCCAAAACACAGAGAUCCAUUUUAAAAUACAAGGAUCUGGCCCCAGACCAGAUUUUAGUUACAGAAGGAGCAGCAUUGUCUAACAAAAACAGUAACUGCAGGUGUAACUAUUUCUGGGGGUGGUGAUAAUGUCCCCCACCUCCCCCUGGAGAAAGAAUAAAUCUGGUUUGAUUGGAGCUUUAGGCUCAACAUUUUACUACAAGGCUAUUAAACAACUUCCAGUCUGGUGUAUCACAUCAACUUUACAGUGACUGUUUGCUCUCCAAAGUAGUACUCUAAGUGACAGUAUAACAGCCAGAACAAGAAGUAUUUAGAGUAGGUGUGCAGUGGGAGACAGUACCACUAAUGUGCCAUUGCAAAAAAAACUGCCAACUGCCUGGGUGACAGGAGUGUGCACAGUGUUCACUGCUCUAGUGUGAAUUCUGCUCUUUUGUCAUGCUGUUAAGUGAGGCUAGUGAAAAACAAUGCUGAAGUUUAAAGCAGCUUCUCAAACACCCUUGUGUAUUAUCAGUGGUUAUCUGAAACUUGCGUUUUGUGACUCGUGGUCUUUGUGCCAUUUUAACACCGUCGUGAUGAAGUUCAUGUGAGGGGAGAGAAGUUGACAUUUCUCAGAUUCAGAAACAUACAUACAUAGCAGUUUUUAUGGAUUUUUACAGUCCAUGGAAUUUAGUUCGACAUUUUUGGAAAUAUAUUUAUUUCCUCUCAUGGAGUGAGAUGAAAAGAUCUAAUCUCAUCAGAUCUGAUGCCAGGAGGCAAUUAGCUUAGCUUAGCGUAAUGACUGGAAGCAAGUGGAAACAGCUAGCAUGGCUCUGCAUGAAGUUCUAAAGUACAACUACUAAUGGCCCCAAAAUGCAAUAGUUAACAUACUGUUUAAUCCACACACAAACAAGAAAUUUAAAAGGUUUUACUGGAAAUUGUGCACAUUCAGUAUGUUUACGAUUAGGGCAUAUUUAAUAGGCCCCAGACAUCCAAAAUCAUUUUUAAAACAUAUCUUUGAUGUGUUCUAGCAGAUGAUGAUGGUGUUUUCUUUUUGCAGCUAACUAGCUUCUUAGUGCUAACUCCAUAAGUUGGCUGAAGAUUUGUCUUCAACAGUCUUUUUUGUUUUCAACUGACUAGUUAUAAAACAGAAUCUCUUAAAAAGGACCUUAAAUAUGCAUCCAAUGGCUACAAACAUGUCAUUAUGAAGUUAAAGAUGCCCAAGCGAUUCUCACUAGUUUGCUAACAAACACUUUUAAUAGCAACUAUACAGGAGUAAUGUGAACAAAGUGUGGUAACGCAAUAUGUUGGGAACAUGACGUAAUGCUCGUUGGCUGUGAAAUCUCUGCUACUUCUUAGACUUCAACUACAAAUACACCAGCUGUGCCAUGCUAACUGUUUAGCCCUGCUUCCAGUCUUUAUGCUAAGCUAAGCUAACUGUUUCUCAUCUCACUCACAGGGAACAUUUCCCAGAAUGUCAGACUAUUCAUUUCUUUAGUGUAUUUCCCACUGUGGCUGUGGAAAGCGAGGCUAAGCAGCAACGACUAUCGUGACCUUAAGGGACAAUGUUUUGGUAUGUGAUAACUACAUACCUACAGUAUUUGCAUCACACAGCUGGCUCCAGGGGACCAAUGGCUGCCCGCAUCAAACCCUGUAUCACUAGAAGAGACAUUUUAAUGAGAUCCUGGAUAUUUCAAAUUGCCACCUACUGUCUAAUAUUUGCAGUGAUUGGUGAAACAGUGGAGUUUCUCUCAAAGUCCAGAAUCAACCAGUCAAAAACCCUCUUGUUACAUUUUGUAUCAGGAAACAGACUUCCUUUACCGCUCUGUUGUACUGAACCGUGGUAUCCUGUUGCCAGCAGAACCUGCCUUUCUUAUCAAGCUUUCCUCUGCCCACUCAGUUAAAACAGGAUGGAACACUUGUAAAAAUAAAAUCAUUUCUGACCUCACCGACCAAUUUAAUCUUCACCUUUACUGUAUUGGAUCUGAAUGUUUUGUAUUUGUGCUUUUACUGUGCUGUGAUGGUCUCACUUCCUGUUUGUAUUCUCGUGAUAUCUUUGUUUCUUACGAAGACCUUUCUAUAGGAAAACUUGAAUUAUUUUGAAUUUAUUUUUGUAUCACUCUCUUUGAAGGGGAAACUGGCAAAGGAGAUGUUGAUGCCUUUACCCUGUGGAUUUAAAGUUGGUUUUUAGACUUCUGUUUCUGUGUUUUUAUUGUCAACACUGAGCAUUGAUAGCUUUGUUUUGAUAACUUCUGUACUUAAUCAGAAAUAAAAAACACUUCUAU